AUGGCUACAUCAUCAUCAAGAUCAGCUACAAUAGCUGAAUUACGUCGAAUGUUUUCUAACUUAGAUGCAACUGUAAUCGAAAGUGUUUUAACUGCUAAUAAUGGUCAAGUUGAUGUUACUAUUGAUCAUUUACUUACAAUGGCAAUUGAUACUGAAAAUCAAAAUAAUAUUCAACAAGCACUACCAACGAUACCACUUCGACAAUUACCAGUUGUUCCGAAUAUAUAUGAUGAUGAUCCACCACCUUAUCCUGGUCAUGAAACAACAGCUAAUAAUCAUACAACAACCAUGUCUUCUCUUCCUCAACGUUCAUCAUCAUCAACAGGAAAUAAUAAUAACCAAUCAAACAAUGCACAUAUGUCGGAAAAUGCUUAUUUUCAACAAGAUCUACAAAUUCGGCAAUGGCUAAAUACUGAUGGUCAAUAUCGCAUGUGUUAUAUUGGAGAUUUAACUGACGAUUUUCUUCGAUUAAAAUUUUUAUCAAAAUCUGAAUUAAAAAAAACUAUAUCUGGAGAAAAGAGUAAUACAUCACAAUAUCUUGAAGAUGAACGUUUAGCUAUACUUUUUCAAGAUGAAGAAUUUUUAAACGAACUUCGUCAUAAUAAAGAUUUUAUAACAACACUUCAUUCAGAUCAACCUAUUCAAUCUUCCACAAAUCAAUCACGUCGAACAACGAAUCUAUUAAGUACAAAACCAUUACCAUUACCUACACCACCAACAAUUGAAACAUCUAAAACACCAAAAGUUCGUGCAAGAAUGCUUCAGAAUGUUCUCACACAAAUUGAACAAGGACAAACAAUGAGAACAUCAAUGGUUCCGCAAGAAUCUAUCACUCAAAAUGAAGGAUAUUCUUAUGGAAAAGAUGAUAAAGAACGAAUUCCAUUACCACAUGCACCAUUUGUUCCUGAUUCUGAAUCAUUAAAAUCAGAAAGUAAUGAAGAAUUUAUUGCUCGAUUAAGAAAUAUGGGAAAAAGUUCAAUGGAAAAAUUUAACCAAUUAGCUCGAAAAUUUUCUACGCGUAAAGAUACAACAUCAAAUGUUGGAAAAUAUUCUAAACAAUCCAUUAUUCUUCUUUUUCCAUCAUUAUCAUCGCGACAUCGAUUGCUAGUCCAUCGACUUCGCGAUCAAAAUUAUUCAGAUCUAUUCAGUUUUUCUGUUGGUGAAGAAAAAAAUACUCGUCGAACAAUAGUUUGUUUCAAAUCACAACUUAUGGAUGAAACAACUAUGUAA